CAUCAUUUGACCUCCAGGGGCGUUCAUACAAGACCGUAGAAGAAGAAGAUUUCCGGUGAAAACACAAACACAUGGGAUUGAAACAGUUUCCUGCUGGUCGUCAUGACGAGGUGGGCGAGAGCCAAUAACGUCCACCGACACAAACCAGCCGAAGCUACGCCCUGGAGUCAGCUGAGAGGAGGAGGAGGGGGAAGGCAGGAUGGAGGUCAGAGGGACCAUCUGAGGAAGACUCACGCUGUGAGGAAGACCAACCGGAAGAAGAAGGAGUACGAGAGCGAGGAUGUGAACGGCUUCCUGGAGUAUCUGCAGCAGUCUGGACAGGCGCUGCCUGACAGGGCGAGGGGGGCAGAGCUAAGGGAGGAGGUGGAGGAGGCCCUGAAGAAAGACAAGAGGAGGGAGGACAGGAGGAUGAAGAGACAGAAGGACAAGAAGAAUAAGAUGCUGUGCUUCAGCUGCCGGAAGCCGGGUCACGGAUUGGCCGACUGUCCGGAGGCCGACAGAGACGAGGAGAUGGGCCGGGGGAUCUGCUACCGCUGCGGAUCCACCGAACAUGAAAUCCAUAAAUGCAGAGCUAAAGUGGACCCGGCUUUGGGUGAUUGUCCGUUUGCUAAGUGUUUCGUCUGUGGUCAGACGGGUCACCUGUCGCGCUCCUGUCCUGAUAAUCCCAAAGGACUCUAUGCUGGCGGCGGCUGCUGUCGGGUUUGUGGGUCUGUGGAACAUUUCCAGAAAGACUGUCCUGAGCAUCAGGCUGCAGCUCGCUCCGUGACCGUCGGCUGGUUGUCCAACAACGUGAGCGCCGACCACGAAGACGUGCACGUCCCCAUCAGGAAGUCCACGCCCAAACCCUCCAAGGUGGUGAGCUUCUGAUUGGCCUGCUCCGCCCGGCCAUGCUGGCUCCUGGACUUCUAGACCUGAGGCAUCUGGACCUGCACAGCAUCCAGUUUAAUGAAGACUUUGUCUCCAAGUUUAGACGGUCGUCUUCUAAGACCUGAAGACAGAUGAUGGUCCACAUCAGGUCCAGUAGGAAGCUUUCAACCAUCCCCCUGCAGCCUGGGAGACCAGGUCUGGAUGGUCUUCCUUUAAGAUCCGCUUUAGAUCUGCUAAACAUGUGUAACAUUGACAUGUUUAAAUAAAACCAUGACAUUGUUAUUCUCAUGGAAA